AUGCCCAAGAAAGAGCAGUUCCAGAGGCAAGUCCAUUCCUUGUGUGUUGUAUCAUAUUUCAUCAAGAACAUUUUUACAUCUUACCUUUGCAGUAGUAUUCCAUACUUCUGCUUACCUACAUUUGGAUUCAAGCACAUUUUGCCAUUGACGAAUGAUGCUGAAAGAUUCAAUGACAUUGUGAAGAAUCAGAAAAUUUCUGCUAAUAUUGACACACCAGAAGGUGGAUUUGAUGCAAUUAUGCAAGCUGCUGUGUGUAAGGAAAAGAUUGGUUGGCGGAAUGACUCCCUCCAUCUCCUGGUCUUUGUGAGUGAUGCCGAUUCUCAUUUUGGAAUGGACAGCAAACUGGCAGGCAUCGUCAUUCCUAAUGAUGGGCUUUGUCACUUGGACAACAAGAAUGAAUACUCCAUGUCAACUGUCUUGGAAUAUCCAACAAUUGGACAACUCAUUGAUAAACUGGUGCAAAAUAACGUGCUAUUAAUCUUUGCCGUAACCCAAGAACAAGUUCAUUUAUAUGAGAAUUAUGCAAAACUCAUUCCUGGAGCUACAGUAGGGCUACUUCAGAAGGACUCUGGAAACAUUCUCCAGCUGAUCAUCUCGGCUUAUGAAGAACUGCGGUCGGAGGUGGAACUGGAAGUGUUAGGAGACACAGAAGGACUCAACCUAUCUUUCACGGCUAUCUGUAACAACGGGGCCCCCUUCCCACACCAGAAGAAAUGCUCUCACAUGAAGGUGGGAGACACAGCUUCAUUUAACGUGACUGUGAGUAUACCAAACUGUGAGAGAAGAAGCAGGCACAUUACCAUAAAGCCUGUGGGGCUGGGGGACGCCCUAGAAAUACUUGUCCGUCCGGAAUGCAGCUGUGCCUGUCAGAAAGAGGUGCAAGUGAACAGCUCCAAAUGCCACAAUGGGAACGGUUCCUUCCAGUGUGGGGUGUGUGCCUGCAACCCCGGCCACAUGGGUCCUCGCUGCGAGUGUGGCGAGGACACACUGAGCACGGACUCCUGCAAGGAAACCCCGGAUCACCCCUCGUGCAGCGGGAGAGGCGACUGCUACUGCGGGCGGUGCACCUGCCACUUGUCUCCCUAUGGAGACAUUUACGGGCCUUACUGCCAGUGCGACAAUUUCUCCUGCGUGAGGCACAAAGGGCUGCUCUGCGGAGAUAACGGCGUGUGUGACUGUGGUGAAUGCGUGUGCAGGCCUGGCUGGGCGGGCGAGUACUGUAACUGCACCACCAGCACGGAUUCCUGCGUCUCUGAGGAUGGGGUGCUCUGCAGCGGGCGAGGGGACUGCGUCUGUGGCAAGUGUGCUUGCACGAAUCCCGGAGCCUCUGGACCGACCUGUGAACGUUGCCCUACCUGUGGUGAUGCCUGUAACUCUAAACGGAGCUGCAUUGAAUGCCACCUGUCUGCAGAUGGCCAGGCCCGAGAAGAAUGUGUUGACAAAUGCAAACUAGCUGGGGCGACCAUCAGUGAAGCAGAAGAUUUUUCAAAGGAUAGUUCUGUUCCCUGUUCUCUGCAAGGAGAAAAUGAAUGUCUUAUUACAUUCCUAAUAACUACAGAUAAUGAAGGGAAAAGCAUCAUUCACAGCAUCAGUGAGAAAGACUGUCCAAAGCCCCCAAACAUUCCCAUGAUUAUGUUGGGGGUUUCACUGGCUAUUCUUCUCAUUGGGCUCGUCCUACUGUGCAUUUGGAAGCUGCUGGUGUCAUUUCAUGAUCGUAAAGAAGUUGCCAAAUUUGAAGCAGAACGGUCGAAGGCCAAGUGGCAAACGGGAACCAAUCCACUCUACAGAGGCUCCACCAGUACCUUUAAAAAUGUAACCUAUAAACACAGGGAAAAACAAAAGAUGGACCUUUCCACAGAUGGAUAGAACUACUUCAUGCAUGGAAAAAGUCUGCUUCACUGAUAUGAAAUGUUAAUGCACUAUUUAAUUUUUCUUUUUUUUGUUGCUUCAAAACGAGGUGGGUUUAAGAUAAUAAUAGGUCAUCUGGAGAUCAGUCACUGUCUGUAUAAGGUUAGAGACUGUGUUGGCAGGUUCAAAAUAAUCAGGAAGAGAAGUAUCUUUAGCAAAGGGGUGACUUUGGGGAUCAUUGAGGAAUACUAACUCUGUUGUAUUAAUGCCUCAAAAAAUCAUCAAAAUGACACAUGGGGGCCUGAUUUGCAUUUGAAAAAUGUUUGAAAUUAGAAUCUCAUUUGUUGCAGGAAUAUAGCUACCUGAAGUCUUUGUCUCAGCAAAAUCACAAAGUCCAUAUGCUCACAUUAAAUAAUCACACUUGUGAAUUAAUUCUAAACUUUUAGUAAAUCUGCCCUUUCCUAAAGGUGGAUUCUUUUAAAAAUCUAGAAGAAAUGAGAUGCUGACUUUUACUUCAACUGAGACUAUGCAGUUCUUCUAAAGAUGUCCCAAAUGCAGUAAGUGUUAAUAAUUUCUGUGGAUUUGCAUGUACCUAAAAGUCAGGUACACAAAUAAGUAUAAGAAUAAGAAGUAAUUUCUAAAUUAGAAAGUUAAAAAAAUAAAUUAGAAAGUUACCAGUAAAAACAAAAUAUCUAGUCUAUUAUUUAGAUUAUUUUUAAUUACCUGAAGAAGAAAUUUCUACACUCAGUUUCCCUCCUGACCCUGAGUUUUCAAACCACUACUUCUCCCAUUAUUUCUCAAUCCAUUUUACUUAGUUUCAUAGUCAUCUAAACCCUGGAAAUAUCAUAUGAAAGUUUUAAUUUCUUGUUAAAAAUUACUUUAAAUGGUUAGGUAGUUUAAUCAAAAAAAGCUCCAAUAAUGCAAAAGGAACAUGGGUUAAACAGAAUAACAUUUUAAAUGGCUUUGAAGCAAACACAUCAAGAGUACAGUCUCUCAUGAGUAAUAGGCUUUCUAUCUAUAUGUUUCCAUUUAUAUAACCUAACUUGCACAUUUCGUGUGCAACAUGGCGAAUAUGCAUUCGUGUAUUUACUUUAAAAAGUAACAUUUUACUUGCAAACUACAUGUGCAUAAUUAAGGAUCCAUAGGUUGAUUGAGGAGAUGGACUCUGUAGAAUAUUAUCUCCUAUUAGUUCGGCUUCACGGAGCACUGUCCUCUUAUUUGAUAAGGAAGCUAAGCCUCAGAGAGUGAGUAGAAGAACUGGUCCAGCAUCUAAUCUUCCAGCUCCAAGCUAUUUCUUCUCCCCACAGUAUGAGACUAAGUCUUUUGUCCAUUAAAUGAUGGAAAGAUUUGGUUGGUUAAGUGAUAACUAUCAUUUGUUGGAAAAUGUCCCGAGACGAAAAUAGCAAUUAAACUACUGGAGCAGAGGUGAGGUCUUGUACUUUGGUGCAGUGUUUAUUACCUUUGAGUAAAUUGUAGUGUGAAACAUUUUACUAGCUGAAUAGUUCAUUAUGUAAUGGAGGUUUCAAAUGUAUCCAUUGAGUUGGCACAGGUAAUCUAUGAUAAGUUUCUUCAAUUCUACCGUAUAGAUCUGUACACAUUUGAUCACUUGGAGACUUAUUUCUUUUCUUAUUUCUAAGUAACUCAGGUAAAUCAGACACUUGGGGAAUACACAGCUAUACUAAAAGAAUUACUAAAUAAUCACAUUGGACACCUGAACGGCAGAGGUACCCUCUGUGUUCCUGACUGAAGCCCAGGGUCUGGGGAAAAUCUACAGCAACAAGGAAGUUGCGUUGGUGAUGACACAACAGUAGUAUUCAGCUCUACAUGUGAUAUUUCUUACUAUUACUAGAAUGGGAUUCUAGAAAAUAUGAAUUUCCUUUGUGUAUAUAUUGGGGAAGGUAGAGAAGAAUCUGCUAUUUCUCUGAAUACUGUUUUGACCCAAGGCUGGACCUUGAAAAGGCCAAAACAUUAACAGUAGUACUUCUGUUCACUGAAGAGUUAUAUUACAUGAAGAUAAAUGGGUUUUUUGUAAGUUGUUUUACUGUAUUUUGUGUUGACAUAAAUAAACAUGGUAAUUUAAACAAUGAAC